UUCUUCGGGUCUCUCUCUUUCCUUUUGUUUGAUUUUCAUCUAUAUCUGUUUUCAAUUUGGGUAUUAGGGUUUUCUUGCCUGCCCUUACCUUUCCUCGUCCCUCUGGCCAUCUUCCUCGGAAAUUCACUUUCAUUUCAUGUAAUUCGAUUAUCUAGUAUUGUCGUUGUUGUGUGAGCUAUGAGUAGAGAUUCUAAAGGAAGACCAUGGUAUGAUAAAUUCUACCGUAAACGGGACAGUUUGGCUUCUCAGGAUAAGGUUUCUUUAGAAUCAAGUGAUUCUUCAGGAUUGGAUUCUGUUAAGGAUGAACCAGAGAAACUUACAGAGAAACAAAUGGAGGGAGAGGGUUUUAAGGAGAAGUUAUCAGACUCUGUUUUGAUUGAUGAGAAGCUUGAAGAGUACAGUGAUUGUGAUCAGACAGCAACCACUUCCCCUUGCCCCAAAGAUCCAAUAUCUUCUCAAUCUACUCACCGCUCCCCGGAAAGCUUUGUGACUGCAAUAACAUGUAAUGAUGAUACUUUUGUAUCUGUCUCUGGGAUUUCUAGGGGUGUUUCAAAUCUAAUCCCAUUCGCUACAGAGACUCAAGCUUCACCUGUUCAAGACAAAGUGGCAAACACUAGAUCCUUUAGCAGCAACUCUAUGAAAGUUAAUAAUCUAGAUGAGUUCUUCAUUGAAGACUUCGAUGUUGGUCCAAUGGAUACCAUUGAUUUGUAUGACAUGACAUUUCGAGAAGACCCCUCAGAUUUUGACGACAAUCUGCUAUAUGCAACGCGUGACAGGACUAAGCAACUCAGAUCAUUCAAGAGAAAGAUAAUGGAUGCUAUAACUUCGAAAAGAAGAAGAGAGAAGGAAUAUGAGCAGCUUUCUAUAUGGUUCGGAGACGCAGACAUGGGUUGUGAUCUGGUAAACACUAAGGAACAUGCUACAACAUCUCUAGACUCCAAAAGCUCACAGUCAAAUGUGCCAUUUGUAUCACAAGAUUCUGAGUGGGAGCUUUUGUAAGAUAUAAAUGUGUUCUAUUUUGGUGAGACUCAUGUGAUACCAAUAUUUAGUUUGUAACUAAUAUGGAAAAAUUAAUUUCUUCUUUCUGUCCCUUCUAGUUUCGUUUACUGCUUUUAAACAAUCAAUUGUUCCAAUCAAG